AUGCCUCGCAGUGGGCUGUUAGAGCAAACGGUGUUGGUGUCUUGCAGCCCCUCUCUCACUGGGUUUGCCCGUUGCAUGACAAGUGAAGCAGUUGUAGUUAUCAGCUGGGAGCGUGGGAGCUGCUGUCUCACUCGGGUUCACCGUGCGGGAGGAAUGGCAGGCUGGGGAGGCUUCUUCGUUUCUCUCCUCAACUACAAGACAGAGAAAUAUGUCAUCGCUGAAAACAAGAAAAUCGGAAUAUUAUUUAGACUCUAUCAGCUGGCCGUGCUGGGAUACAUAAUCGGGUGGGUGUUUGUGGUGAAGAAAGGUUACCAGGAGAGAGAAGAGGCCAUCCAGACCUCAGUCAUCACCAAGCUUAAAGGUGUUACACUGACCAACAGCUCCGAGACAGGACUUCACCUGUGGAGUGCUGAGGAUUAUGUCAUACCCCCUAAUGGUGAGCAGGUGUUCUUCGUAGUAACAAAUUACAUAGAGACCCCCAAUCAGAGGCUGGGGUUCUGUGCUGAGAGCUUCAAGGUGCCAAAUGGACGAUGUCAAAGCGAUGAAGACUGCAUAGAGGGGGAGACUGUAACAGCUGGCCAUGCUCCACCCAGCCAAGAAUCUUUGCUCUCUCCGUCAGGAAUCAAGACUGGGUUAUGUUUAAACAGCACUGGGACCUGUGAGAUUCACGCCUGGUGUCCUGUUGAAUACAACAAGAGACCCACAGAGCCCAUACUGAGUGAAGCAGAAAACUUCACCAUCUACAUCAAGAAUUUCAUCAGGUUUCCAAAGUUUGAAUUCUCCAAGUCCAACGUCCUUGAAACCUCUGAUGACGAAUACCUGAAAAGAUGCUCUUAUGACAGAGAGAACCAUCCGUACUGCCCCAUCUUCCACCUCCGAGAGCUGGUCAGCUGGACUGGACAUGACUUCCAGGACAUGGCUGUUAAGGGUGGGUCUGUUGGUAUUCUUAUUGAGUGGAACUGUGACCUGGAUAAGGACUCUUCACAGUGUAAUCCACACUACAGCUUUACCCGUUUGGACAUGAACUUGAACAGCUCGGUCACAUCAGGAUACAACUUCAGAUAUGCCAGGUAUUACAAGGAUCAAAAUGGGGAAACCUAUCGCACUUUGUAUAAAGUGUAUGGGAUUCGCUUCGAUAUAAUGAUCAAUGGCCAGGCUGGGAAAUUCAGUAUUGUUCCAACAAUAAUUGCCAUUGGUUCGGGCAUUGCUCUGCUGGGUGCAGGAGCCUUUGCAUGUGAUAUGAUACUACUGUACAUGAUGAACACGAGCUCCUUCUACCGAGAGAGGAAGUUUGAAAUCAUCAACUUCAAGAAAGACCGGACCAAACCCAAGGAUGGGAAGGCAGGACACCGGGAAAGGAGAUCUAGGAAACCAGCUGCAGAGAAAGGGGCUGCCAACUCCAUCAAAAACCCAGAGGACACUGAACCCGCUAUGGGGUCUUCUCCCACUGCAGAGAGCCAGCUGCCUGUGGACAAACGGGGUCCUACCAUUCCACGCAACACAGGACAGCGAUACUCUGCCAAUCUCUCUCCCCAAGGUGCAGAGCCAAGGCAUCAUAUCACUUUCUCCUCACACAAUUAAGUUUGCAGGCAGAGCAAGACAAAUCACCUGCAGUGGUCUCAGUUAUGUUGCAAGAGGUUGAACCAAAAGUCGGACUGAUGUCCACUUCUCACCUACUGGCACGGCUGCUGGCAUGCCACUAGCUUGAGUGAUGCUUGCCCUGACUGAAGAUAUGUUGGUCCAGAGAAAUGUUAAUGUUCUGCACUGUGCAAGUGGGCCAGGGCGCUGAUGUAGAAAUACACAGAAAGGUGGUUUUCAGUGGCUGGGUCAGGAUCCAAAGCUGGUAUGUGGGAGAUUACAACAGGUCCAUAAAUAAUGAUAUGCAAAAGUACUGUGAUAAUACUGAUGCAAUUAGCAGAGUGAUAUGAAAUGGUUCAUCGGUUACUGCUUUACAAAUGCAUGUUAGAAAAUCUAUACUUAAGCUUUUUUAGCUGUUGAUCAGACUAAUUAAGCAUCAUUUCCCAUUUGAGUAAUAUAUGAUGGGCCUUAGCUUUUAAAAUUGCAGCCCUUCAUAGUAUGCCAAAAUUUUACCAUGGACCUCAAAUAUAAGCUUGGAUUAAGUAAAAUAAACAUUGUAAACUAAUAAAUAAAAUGUAAAAUGAUUUCAGCUGAA